GCUUCUGUCCAGUCGCUCCAAUCCAAACUCCAGAUACUCUCAACACUUUAAUCCAGCGCGGGGACAGAGGAGGGGAAACACAGAAGAGAGAGAGGGAGAGAGAGGUUUCCGGCGAGGAAUGGUAAUUCCGUGAUGGCUCACGGCGGGUAUGGGAGGCGGAGGAUCGCACAGCGUGGACGCGUCAGCAGGCAGCCGAGGGGACUCGCCGCCGAGAGGAAGCCCAAGUCGGCGUCCCUCAAGAACCAAAUUCGAUCCGUAGAGCGUAUCCUUCUUCGAAAGAACCUUCCUGCUGAAGUGAGGGAUGCUCAGGAAAAGAGAUUAGAAGAACUGAAAAGGCAACAGGAUAUUCAAAAUCAGUCUGUAAUAGAGCGCAAAUUGUCCAUGCGAUACCGUCGAGUAAAAUUUUUUGAAAGGAGAAAAAUUGAGAGAAGAAUAAGGAGGUUAGAGAGAUUACAAAGAACAGCUGAUCAGGUUGCACAGGAUCAAAUAGCUCAGCAACUUUUCCAGCUAAGGGAAGAUCUUGAAUAUGUUAGGUUUUUCCCCAAGUCAGAAAAGUAUGUCUCUUUGUUUAUGGGAGGUGAUGAUGUGGAUAUAGUUGAUAGAAGGAACAGAUUGCGCAAGCAGAUCAAAGCCAAUCUCCUGGCUGCUGCAGCUAGUGGAAAGGAUUUAGAAGAAACAGGAAGUGAUGAGGAUGGCCCCUUGGAUGUCAGUGAAGAUGAUUUUUUCUUGAGUGGAAGCUCCAGUGAUGAAGCAGAUGCAGAUGAUGAAUGGACGGAUAUAAAUACAAGGGAGCAGGCUUCAGGUGCCUCAGGGAGAGCAACUUCUGGCAUGUCGAGUGAUGAGAAAAAUCAGAGGCAGAUCUAUGUACGGGCUUUACUGCCACCACCAAGGAUUCGUUCGGCACAUCGUGGUGGUUUUUCAUGUUCAUCGAGCACAAAUACAUCCACGCCAAAAGGAGAGUUAUCUUCAUCCAGCAACACUUCACAGACGAGCCGCCGGACCUCGAAACUUGGGGGAUCUUCAAAAUCCUUAAACAGCCGAAGCAGCAAUCUCAGUUCAAAUUCUGAUUCUUAUAAGCCUAAGAGAAAACGUCAAUGGAAAAAGCGGAAACAAGCCUAGCAUUCAUGUUGCUGAUGCCAGUACGCCAUUCUCAAGGUUUUCUUUGAGGUGGACUUUUUUGUCGGGCAUCAAUAGAUUCCUGUUUGGGGUGUCCUUGGUUGUUCAGGUGUUUAAAUGUUUCAUAACUUAAGCUCCCCAAUUUCUGAUUGGGAUUUCUAAGAGAUGGGGAAGAAAUGGUAUCUCUUAUGCUGUGAAGGAAAAAAGGAACAUGCUCUAUGUGGGUAAGGUACCGUUUUCUCCUCCUGGUUUGUAGAACGAGUUCUACAUUUCACGUUGGUAUUUGAGUAUGAGUAAUUUUCUCUUUGGCAAUGUUUA